GCAGUGAAUUCGUAAAAAUUAUAUUUCCCAAAGAAUUCGUAGUGAAAAGUUAAAUCGUUAGAUUAUCUUAAGAGUCUUUUUCAUUCAAAUAAGUAAUAAAAGAAUUAUGGCGACGCCGGUUGAUCCACUCGUAAAAUUUUCUAUGGAUGUAAUUCAAUUUUGCGACGAAUUUGAAGAGGUCUUUGCAGGUAGCAGUUUUCCCUAUAGAUAUCAAGGAGAGGACAUGAUGGGAAAUAUUAUGCACAUUUUGGGUUUUUUUCCAUUAGAUUUUUACAAUAUUGGUGAUGAGAGAAUAAUAUUAAUGUGGAAUCCGCAUUUAGAGACAACUCAUAGAAUUGGAUUAGAUAAUUUUCUUUUCGCAAACUUUUUAAGACUGGAGGAAUAUUUGGGAAUCAGAGAUGAUCUUGAAAGAUUAUUUAUCGACAGAUUUUAUGGUCAACGUGUCUAUGUCGAAGAUGGUCGACAUAAUUGGAAACCUGUUAAAUUGGUAGGAAUGAAAGUUGAUCCUACUGAUAGAGCAGUUACGUGUGCCUACUAUGAUAGUGGCGAAUUAAGACAGUGUGACAUUAACAUCAUUCGUUACCAAGCUAAGUUUUCAGAAGAACAUCAAAAGUAUAUACCAUACCAUCCCUCUGAAUGGACUGAUAGUUCUGAAUCUGAUGAUGUUGUUGAUAUUUCCUAGUACCUAAGACAUGACAUUUGUAACUUUUUGAUUAACUUUUCAAAAUUUUCGUCAACAUCACCAAAAUGCCAAAAGUAAUAAAUGU